CCCCGCCCCAAAUGACACCGACCAAAAUCAGAAAAUAAUCAAUCCCAUAACCUAAAACAGACAAAACUAACCUCAACCCUUCACCUCCUUAUCCCCCGACUUCGUCUCCUCCAAAAGAAAUCCACCGCCAGCUCCGUUAUCCAACGCCGCGAACUCUCCCAGCUCCUAUCCGAAAAUAAAGACGCGAGCGCCCGCAUCCGCGUUGAAAAUGUCAUCGCCACCGACAUCGCCGUCGAAGUCAUGGAGAUGGUGGAAUUGUACUGCGAGCUGAUCCUUGCGCGGGCGAACGUACUAGAUCAGAAUGCUUUCAGCGAGAAGGGUGUUGAGGCUCGAAAUCGGGCGAAGGAGGCGUGGAUGGAGAUGAGACGGAAGGAGCAGGGUCUAGGAUCUGGAUCUGGCUCUUCUGGGUCUAACACUGAUAAGGGCGAUGCUGCUGGGGGUGGGAAGAGAUCAGGGUUCGGGUUCGGGGCGCUUUUCGGUGGUAGUGGUGGGGCUUCGAAGAAGGAGGAUACAUCGUCGUCAACUGCCGGGGUGCAGAGUGCGGACGAUGGGGCGUAUAUUGAUUCGGCGCUGGAUGAGGCUGCGGCGGCGAUUUUCUAUGCGUUUCCCCGGUUUCCGGCUGAUGUGAGGGAGUUGACCAUUCUGAGGCAACUGUUGGCGGAUCGGUAUGGGAAGGAGUUUAUGACGCUUGCGCAGGAUGAUCGGUUUCCGGAGGCGGAUGGGUUGAGGGUUCCUGAGAGGUUGGUGAAGGGGUUGCGGGUGCGACCGCCGUCACAGGAGUUGGUGGAGAGUUAUUUGAGGGAGAUUGCGAGGGCGUAUGGGGUUGCGUGGGGAGGGGAUGCGGAGGAGUUGGGAGAGGCCCCGACGGAGUUCGUGGAUGAUGAUGAUGAUGGUGGUGUUGAUGCUACUGCUGGGGGUGAUGUACCGGUGACGCCGCGGAAGGAGGGUCGGCCGGCUGAUGUCGAACGGAGGAUGUCGGAGACGGCGGAGUUGAAUCGUGCUACGCCGCCGAAGGGGUUGCAGCCUGGAAAGAGUCCGGUCAGUGUUGCGCCACCGGGACCCCGGUCUGAUAACCCGAAUCCACGCGUGAAGGUUCCGGAUGGGAAUGGGAAGGGGGAGGCCGAGGUGGAGCCCAGGAGUCCCUCGAAGACGAGCAAAGGAGGGAUUCCGGAAUUGGAUGAGUUGACCAAACGCUUUGCAGCACUGAAGAGGUAGUC